UAUGUUUGAUAGUGACUUGGAAAUCGGCGAUGAUGAGGAGCAGCAGGAGAUCGAAAAGCUGUUUUCAAUGGCAACGGCGCACGUGAUGCGCAAAGCGAACGUCUAUCAUGCCAGAGAUUUGCUCGAGUUGUACGCACUAUACAAACAGGCAUCGGAGGGAGUCUGUGGCACGCCACGCCCCUCGGUUCUGCAGAUGAAAGCGCGCAGCAAAUGGAAUGCGUGGCACGAGCUGGGCGACAUGAGCUGCGCAGAUGCCCAGCGUGCGUACGUUGAGAAGGUGCACAAACUGGACCCCAAUUGGCUGGACGACAUGUCGAGCGGCGGCAGCGGCAAGCUGAGCGGUUGGGUGGUGCACUCGAUUGAAUCAGUGCCCAUUGAGGAGACCAACAGGCCGGAGCACCAGAAAACGUUAUUCGAUCACGUCAAGGAGAACAAUUUGCAGCGUUUGCGUGAGCAACUGACUCCCGCUGAUCUGGUGCAAUUGGAUGAUCAGGGAAUGGCAUUGUUACACUGGGCAACCGACCGCAAUGCCAUUGGGAUCAUUGAGUAUCUGGUCAAGUGCGGCGCCAAUGUGGACCAGCGCGAUGCUGAGCAACAGACACCAUUGCAUUAUGCCGCCAGCUGUGGCCAUGUGGAGGCAUUGCGCUAUUUGUUAUCGUUGAAUGCGGAUCUGGAUCUGCGCGACGCCGAUGGUCAGACGUGCAUUGAUGUGGCCGAUGAUGAGCAGAUUUGUGCCAUGCUGCAAGCGGAGCUGCAGUUGCGCAAGACCACUGCAGAUAAUUAAAAAAAAUAUGCAAAAAUUGUAAAAACAUUCUGUUUUACUAUAUUUAAAAUUAUAUUGUGUGAAAUUAAAUUAUAAUCAAAGUGGUUCAGUGUAA